AUGAUUCUGGUUCUCCUUAUUGGAGAGACAGCUCGAGGCAGCGGGAAUCGAGAUAGAUAUACAGAUAAAAAGCUCCUGCUCGGGUGCCUCGAACCAGAGUACUUGAAGCGACUGGAGCAUGUUGAUUUGGAUUCCUCUGUUGAGUUAGUCACCGUCGAGGAUGUAAGUUUGUCUGCAAAUACCUUAUUAGAACGAUGUUUGGGUUCUGAAACUCAGAAUAAUAACGAUUCGUUAAAUUCUUUGUUAUGGACUUUUGCUCCGAAACACAUUCAUGCAGGAACGCGGAUCAUUGAAAUUGCUACUUUUCUCGCUGUUAGUAUUUUGAAUGAAGGUUUUAUUACCCAUUUAAAAAAUAUUGGACGUUACGGGAAUUACGAUUGGUCCAGAAGCCAUGCGUUUGUAACGUCAAUUCAUAUUAAAGGCCGGAUGUGUGCAGGUCUUCACCGCGUACCCUCAAUUAGCCCAGGGACCCACCAUAAACUUAAACUUUUAGUUUAUUAUUUUUGUGUUAUCUGUUUAUGGAUGGUCCUUGAAACAACCCUUAGGUUGUUAUACGUCCUUACUAAUUACGGGGAAAGCAGAUAUGAACAUCUCUCCGAUCAGUGUAAACCUGUGCUAGAAAAUAAAGACAGUAGUUGUGUUACGACUCAGCUACUUUAUUUCAUCAACCUACCCUUAAAUUUACGUGACACGUUCGCUGUCAAACGGGACGAAACUUGGAUCGAACGUUCUGAAAUCCGAGUUUCGGAUGGUUCAAAGGAAGCCGCCAGGACUGCUCGUCUACACGAAAGAACUUCAGAGAAUGAACAUUUUGAAGUGGAGGAAGGCCCAUUGUAUGGAGCAGAAAUCGCUGAUUGA